CUUCUCUAAGGCAAAAUGGAAAAUGUUCACACGACUCGUUGUGGAUUGUUUUUGUUAUUUGUGUUACAGGAUACCUUUGCAAUUGCAGAAGUAGUCAACAUUUCAAUCAACAAAACGGCGAUACAAACUGACACCUCGGGGAAUGGGACAGCCGAUUUAGCUGUGGAUGGCGUCAUUUCCGGCGGAACAUGUGCACAGACAUCUUCAGCGUUAGCAUCAUGGGAAGUCGACCUUGGGGACUUUUACGUCAUCGAUAAUGUUCUGGUGCAUCCAAAGCCCGAUGAAGCCCCUCCGGCGGCUCAGUGGGUACAGUCUGUUGGAGGUUUCUCGAGCGAGUAUAGUUCCGCAGGUUGGAGCGCCCAAAAGAUCGUUGGUCCACCAAACGUGUACCCAUUGUAUGGUGAUAUCGUUGAGUCAUGGUCUCCAUACUACAAAGAUAGUAACCAGUUUAUUGAGCUGGAGUUUGCGACCUCUGUUUAUGUGGGCCAAGUGGAUAUUUACGAGACGUUCCAUGCAGGCGGUGUGAAGGCCAUCAAAUGUUACCAAGCUGGGCAGUGGGUGACAUUGUGGUCAACAGCACUGGUUGAGGACCUGUCAAUUGCAAGGAUAUUCAGUCCACCAUUGCAGGUAACAGAUUGUUUCACCAACAUGAUUCGACUUGAACUUGACCUUACAGUGGCAAACACCUUUGUUGAAAUUGAUGCAGUGCAGAUCCAUGGUGUAUCACAGACUUCAACAUCUGCAUCGGAUUUUAUCGAGCUUUUUACUGGACUCUCACAAGACCUGUACCAUAAGAAAGGCUCUCUCUCUACUGGCGAAGCACCUUUGAAUUUCACUAUGAACGAAGAGACGAUCGCACGAUGGGUGAAGGUAACGUCAGACGUUGACUCUAUCUUGGCUAUUUGUGAGGUUGAGGUUAUGGGAUAUAUACCAACCAAAGGAUUGUUCAGAUCAUUUUCAAAGUACCAGUGCGCAGGAACCCCGAUUAUUACUCAUUACGGCAUACAGUCGAACAUACGUUGUGCCAGGCUCUGUUUUUUGCAAAUUGUUCCACAGUGUCACAGUGCGCAAUACGAGAAAGCUUCACUUCAGUGUACCCUGUACGAGGGAUUUGACACAGCAGCUGGUUCGACUGGCAGGGUUAUGAUUGUACAUUCAUAUGCUGCACCUCUGCUAGAUUAAUAUAUACAAUUGUUCCCUUAAAGGAUCUUAUUCGUAACUUUGAAAAUCUGAAAUCUUUACGAUGAUCACAGAUGACAAUGAUGAUUUUUUUUUCAAUGUUCAACUUUGUGUUCAAUUUAAAUAUUGUCUUAAACUCAAUUUAAAAAGUAUGUGCUAAACCUUAGAGCUGAAAUGAAACGUAUUGUUCAUUCAGCAAUUGAUAAUAAAACUUAUUAAAUCGUCAAUUUAAAUGCUUCUGUGUGUGAGUGAAGACAAAACAGCAUAAUAAGCUAGGCUUGAACUGUGAAUUACGUUUUUUUGUGAGAUAUAUUGUGAAAUUGUAGUAGCACAUAUGGAACAAUAUUAAUUAAUAUAUGAUAGAUGAAAAAGGUAUGUUAUUCUUGUUUUAUUUGUUUAUUUGAACGAGAUAUUCUCUAUUACAAUUUCUACUCUCUGUGUUAUCUCGAAAACAUUUCAUGAUAUUACCAUGAAUACCUAAGGCAGAAUACAUAUCAAAGUCAAUGCCAUGUUGUAGUAUGUUUAUCUUGAUUUGUAUGUGUUUAACACUAGAUCCAAAUGCUCAAAAAACCCAGCUGGAUAAAUCAAAGUAUUUUGAAAAUUUCAUAUAAAAAAACCUGCGUCGCGUUUCUCUCUUUUUCCUCUUGGGAACUACUGUGUUCUGCAUGAUGUUUACCACAUACACUAAACUUCUUAAGACGAUCUGUGAUAAAUUCAAUUGUCUAUUAUUCUCGUUGUCUCUAAACUUCUCAAACAAGUCUCGCAUCUCUCGCCAAUUGCCAUCUUUUUAUCCCUAAAUAUAUGGGGGUUUUUAACAAAAUACGGUAACGCGUAAAGGAUUCCUAGAUAUUGUGUUGUAUUAUUGAUGUAAUAUGCUAAUAAAAUCGUAUACGAGAGAAGUGACAAAACAUCAUUAACAAUCGUUGUUAAAAUUUUAAAAUGUUCUGAUUUCGUUUCAACGUAUAUUCUCUGAAAUUAGCAUUGAAAAUAAAAGACAUUGCAUCAAUAAUUUGUUAAAUACAACCCAAUUUGAACGUGCGACUACAUUUA